AGUUCUAUUAUAGAUGCUUUCAGUUUCAAAAUGGACGUUAUCCUGCUGCAUGUGUAGCCUUAACAAACUGGAGAAAUAGUAUCCUGAAGGUGAAACAAUUAAACGAAGAUGCCGGAAAGUAAAUCCGGAUGGCUUUUGUCAGUCUUGCUGGUGCUCCUGUUUGAUUUUGUGCAUUCUGAGUUGUUACCUGAGAAAAACAUGCUUGAAUCCAGCACCAACUGCUCGCUAAGAUACCUACAGAUGCGAGUUAAGCUAGAGAACUGUUUGCCAGUCCGCCUCGUGACUCGGGCAUGUAGUGGGGCAUGCGUUUCUUACACACGAGUUUCCUUGGAGCAUCCUGAACUGCUGCAGACCAAGUGCGACUGCUGUCAGUAUGUAGGCCGCCGAAAGAAGCGGUUUGGAAUAAAAUGCCCGCAGAAGAACGCCCGGAACCGCUACACUAUCAAGGUUAUGUCCGUAACUAUGCCGAGGAGAUGCCUGUGUCGUCCGUGUUCCAAUGUUGCCAAUGGGGUGGAGUCUGCAGAGAAAGUGAUGUUCAGGACCAGUCCGAUACUGGGUGCUAUGGUUACUGCUGAUAUUAUUCGCUAAAAAGAAUGGUUUGCCAAAAAUAAAGUGAGCCGUUGAAGUGAAUUUCUUAGUCUGUAAGUAAAUUGAGUUGUUAUUGUAUGUAAAAAAAUCAAUGAUUUGCAAAGAAAUAUAAUUGAACAGUUGGUGUGAAUUUCUAAAGCUUAAAGUUAAUCGAGUGUAUAGUGUACGUUUGACAAUGAAAUAUAUGAAUACAUACAGACGGAAAAUUUUAUAACACCUAGUUACAAUGUGUCCAUUUAUUUAUUUGCACUUAUACAAUAACUUUGUCGCUAAGCAACUCUUUUUGUUAAACAUUUUUUCAAACUUGCUCUUCACAGAAAUAUCAUUCUCAAUCGGUAUCAAAUUUUAGUAGUCACUAGCCAGCGGGACUAGAUUUUGCCAAACAUUUAGAAAUAAGAUUAAAUCCUUUUUUUAAAAGAAUGAUAAAGUCCUAAGAAUGUGUGAUAGCAUUUAUGAAAUAUCUCAUAACUUUUACUUUUAUCUGCGUACAGCUUGCA